AACCACAUAGUAUUGGCAGCGAAACGAGGUGAGGAGGGUCUUGUGGAAUGUAGGAACACGAGACGCUUGGCAGCUCCAUAAACCAACGUGUUAUGGGUUUCGGUGCCAAUUAAAUGCAUGCCACCCCCUUCUGACUUCUCCAUAUAUAUCCAUCAUCCCUCCUCUCUCUUUCCGCCCCAGAUGGAUUGCUGCCACAAAAUCACUCAAACUUGGACUGCAGUCUCUACUCGUUUCAACCAUCAUCGCAAAUCUACAGGGGUUUCCGGUGGUCCAGUAGCCGGUGCCGGUGCCGGUGAAUACUCUGCCGAUUGCGACGGAAUUAGUCGCGGUUUGCUGAAGCUUCGAGAUGAUGUGCAAAUGUGCGGGUACAGAGAUGCUGAGGUCAUGUGGAACAUGCUGAACGUAACUUUGCAACGUGACCAAAUGGAAGCGCCCAGAAGCUCCAAAAACGCUAAAUUUCGCAAGCAGAGAUCUAUUUCCAGGGUUUUGUUUUGGACUAGCCAUAACAGCGUCAUGAAUAUCAGUAAAUUAAAAAUGAUGAACGUCAAGUUUUGCUGUGGAAAUUAAUGUGAAUAUUGUUUUUGUACAUAGUCAAGGACAAUUAAUUAAUGGUCGAUGAAACUUUAUUUCGUAAAUGUAAAUAUUAUUAAGUGAA